GGCACUUUGUCAUGAAGGUCACCCCGGAGUUACGCGUAUGAAAAUGCUCGCGCGCAGCUAUGUCUGGUGGCCUCAGUUAAACCAAGACAUUGAAAGUGUUGUUAAAAGCUGCUGUACUUGUCAGUUGACGCAGAACGCUUCACCGAAGGCCCCACUACAAAUUUGGGGUUGGCCGAGCCGCAGAUGGCAACGAAUGCACCUGGAUUUCGCAUUCGCAGACAACAAAUGGCUGUUUGUGCUGGUGGAUGCACACUCAAAGUGGGUUGAAGUGUUCGUCAUGAACUCAACAACGACCGAAAAGACCAUCGAGAAGCUGCGUAGGGUGUUCGCAUCGUAUGGCCUUCCGGAGGAAGUCGUAACGGACAACGGGCCACAGUUCACUGCGAAGGACUUCACGGAGUUCCUGUGCAAGAAUGGAGUGCGGCACUCCCGGACACCGCCGUACCACCCUGCGUCCAAUGGAAGCGCCGAGAGGUGCGUGCAGACGGUGAAACGGGAUCUUAUGAGACAGAUUCUCGACGAAAAGUCAUCGGGCUAA